UUUUUUUUAAUUUUCAUUCAAUUAUUUUAUUGUUUCACACCCAUGUUCAAUGUUCACAUCAAUUUAUUCUUCACGUAAAAAAUUCUUUUGCUUGGUAAUUUAUCAUUUUAUAAAUUUUUUCCAAUUUACGGUUUAUUAUAGCUUUUGUUAUAAACUUGCAAUACGACUAUUUUAAUACAAAUAUAUAUUAAUAUAUAGGUUUAAGAAUGUCUGUUGAAGAAGAUGACAGGCAAUUACGCCAUGAAUGUGGUGUAUUUGGUUGUAUAGCUUCUGAUCCAUGGCCAACUGAUGUAGACGUAGCUCAAGUUAUUUGUCUUGGAUUAUUGGCCUUACAACAUCGAGGCCAAGAAAGUGCUGGUAUUGCCAUGAGUGAAGGUGAUAAUCAUACCCACUUUAAUGUUAAAAAAGGCAUGGGUUUGGUCAGUAAUAUAUUUAAUGAAGAAGCAAUAAAAAAACUUAAAGGUAAUCUUGGAAUAGGGCAUACAAGAUAUUCUACUAGUGCUGGUUCUGAAGAAGUUAAUUGUCAACCAUUUGUUGUACAUUCAGCUCAUGGUGCCUUAGCAGUUGCUCACAAUGGUGAAUUAUUUAAUGCAGGAAAAUUAAGGCGUAUGGUUUUAGCUAGAGGGGUUGGUCUUUCUACCCAUUCAGAUAGUGAGCUUAUUACUCAAGCUCUUUGUUUAAAUCCUCCUGAUAUUGAAAUUGAUGGUCCCGAUUGGCCAGCUCGUAUUAGACACUUUAUGGAACUGACAAAGUUGUCUUAUUCAAUUGUAAUAAUGGAAAAAGAUAGAAUAUUUGGGGUACGUGAUCCAUAUGGUAAUAGACCUCUCUGUAUUGGAAAAUUGAUGUCUUUAACUGAUUCAAAUAAAGAGGAUGGCUGGGUUGUAUCAUCUGAAUCAUGCGGAUUUCUCUCAAUGGGUGCUAAAUAUGUGAGAGAUGUCUAUCCUGGUGAAAUUGUAGAGUUUACAAAGGAAGGAUUUCAUACAGUAUCCAUAAUGGGUCGACCAUACAAUCGUCCACAAGCAUUUUGUAUUUUUGAAUAUGUUUAUUUUGCAAGACCUGAUAGUAUAUAUGAAGGACAAAUGGUUUAUUCAGUACGAUUGAGGAGUGGAAUUGUGUUGGCCAGAGAAAGUUUAGUUGAAGCUGAUAUUGUCAGCUCAGUCCCAGAAUCUGGAACUGCUGCUGCUCAUGGGUUUUCAAUGAAAUCCAAUAUUCCGUUUGCGGAAGUAUUAUACAAAAAUCGGUAUGUUGGUCGAACAUUCAUUCAACCCAAUGCACGGCUAAGAAGAUUAGGUGUUGCUAAAAAGUUUGGUGCUAUUGUUGAAAAUGUAGCUGGCAAGAGAAUAAUUCUUAUUGAUGAUUCAAUUGUGAGAGGAACUACAAUAGGACCUAUCAUAAAAUUACUGAGAGAUGCUGGAGCUAAAGAAGUACAUAUUCGUGUUGCAUCUCCUCCUCUUAAAUUCACUUGUAAUAUGGGUAUUAAUAUACCAACUAAAGCUGAACUUAUAGCUAACAAAUUGACCAUUGAACAAUUGGCUAAACAUAUUGGUGCAGAUACUCUUGCUUAUUUAUCAGUUGAUGGCCUUAAAGAAGCCGUAAAAGAAAAAAUGCCAAAUAAGAGUGCAAUUGAAGUUGGACAUUGUACAGCAUGCCUUACCGGAGAAUACCCCGAGGAAUUAACUUUCUAAAUGUUAAAGUAUUAUUAUAAUUAGUGUUGUUUAAUUAGAACAAUUCAUUUUUAUACUAAUUUCAUUGUAAAACAUUUUA